AUGACCUCUUCUUCAUCUUCUCCACUUCCCUUCCUCAUCCUCGUCGUAGUCUAUACGCCGCCACGGGGGUGCUCGCGACCACAGUCGAGGUAGGAGACACCAGAUAUGGAGCAUCCCAUCCAGUCCCAGCUACUAG